AGUUGAGAGAACAUAUUGUCCUCUUUUUAGUGUGCUUGCAGCUACGUGCAGAAGUGCUUGUGGUUUUGUGUAUAUGUGUGUAUAUGUCAGAAAUAUGAGGCCAUGGUCUGGUUUCAGUCUUGCAGGUGUUAGAAAUAUGAGACCAUGGUCUGGUUUCAUUUCGCAGCUUCACCCACGCUGGAAAAUUCCACUAUGCUCAGAUAUGAAAUAUGCUGAUUCAUGUUAAGACAAAAUGCUGUAUGACUAGCCCAUAUUUGGAGUGCCUUUCUGCUAUCAGCCCCUGUGUAUAAAUAUCCCUGUCCAUCCUGUGUUGUCAGGCUUGCAGAAUAAACCAUUCUAACUACAGUUUGGUCUCUUCUCAUGUCUCCGGGUCGACCUGCUGAACUUUGCUGAAUCUGGUGCCUAAUAUAGGGGAAAUCUUACAGAUCUGGGGGCUCGUCCGGGAUACAUCUGAUCAGGUAAGAGAAUUUUUAUUCACACUGCCUGCUCCGGUGUAUCUCAGGAAAUCGUAAGAUUUUAGUUACAAUUGAGUUGAGAGGUCUGUGUUUUAGAGCACAGAAUAUCCUGGCAAGUUUACUUUCCACAGUAAAUUGCCCAGAAGGAUUUGUGUUGUCGUACCCAAUUAAAUUUGGGUUCCACAAAUCAGAAAAAUUUCUUAAUUCGACACUGGUUAUCCUGUCAAGUUUACUUCAAACAGUAAAUUGCACAGAAGGAUUUGUGUUGUUGUACCCGAUUAAAUUUGGGUUCCACAAAUCAGGGGUUUAAUAAAUUUUAGUAAAUAAGUAUUACGCACCAGCUUCAGCAAUAUGGGACAAGGAUAUCCAAAACCAGAACCCAGUGAGAGUCCAAAAGCAAUGGAUGGAUAGAUGUGGGUGGGGAUUUUACACUGAACCCUGGCUGUCCAAUUUAGCUGGAUGGACAGAGGGACAAUCUCAAAUGGAGAGACUUUCCUAGGGAAGGAACAUUUGACCCAGGUUUCCUUCAGUUAGCUUACAAAUUGAUAUGGGGAUCCAGAAUGUAAUGACCAAUAUAUGAUGAAUGGAUAUGACACAUGGUAUAAAAUGAGUUCUAUAUGGAGGGAUAUAAAAAAAAAAAAAAAAAAAAAAAAAGGGCAUUUUUACACCCAAAACUGUUUUGAAAUCUGUCCCCAAACCUAAAAGCAGAAGUAAUACUGCCCUUACGGCAGAUAAGAGAGGCUCUCUUGCAGCUGCUAAAACCACCAUGACGUCACCACUCCCUUAUACGGGGCCUUUGCAAUCUAUUUCAUGCUCUGUCAGUGUUCCUCCUACAGUCCUACAGUGCCUUCUAUUUAUCCGUCUCUGACAGAAAUGAUUAAAACUAAACCAGACCCCUCCGACAGCACGGAGGGCACUACUUCAGCUUCUAAUGUGGCUGCGGUAUGGGUUGCUAAACCACGAGGGAUAGAGAUAAUUCCGCCCUCACCCUCUGUUCUGAAGGAUCUCAUAUCUCUUCUGCCCGAAGUGGACAAACCACUGCAAUUUGUAGACAUGCUGUUGCGCAGCUCGCGUCACUGCCAACUAAUUGGGGCAGAUUAUCGAUUUAUCCUUUAAACCAAAAUGGGUUCGUCCUAUGACGAUGACGAAAUAACAACAAAAAUACCUGCUCUUGAUCCCAAGCUUGAUAUAGUACAAACAGAAACUGUUAAGGAAGAAACAGAUGAUAAAAAGACACGCACUCGUAUAAAAACACGCCUCGCGUAGAAAGAUGAUCAGUAGGAGCUCCUGACACAUCUAAAACAGCAGCUUACUAAAUACUUAGUACCAUACUUACUGGUCUGAAUGUGACGCAACGACUGAUCCUAAUGGAAUAAUGCUAGAUGGCAAGGGCCGUUUAUGCCUGCCAUCAUCCUGUGCACCUUUUCUCGUCCGCGAGUUUCACGGUGUUACACACCGCGGCCGAAGAGGGGUAAUAGACACAAUGAGUUAAUAGACACAAUGAGUUAAUAGACACAAUGAGUUCCUUUUUAUGCAUUAAUAAUUUACAACAUCAUGUUAAUAACACCUUAGAUAGAUGUCUGAUAUGUGCGCAAAACAAUAUCACUAAACCUCAAGCUAAACAUCAACAAUUGCCCCUUCCUGAAACACUUUUUCAGGAAUGGCAGGUAGAUUUCACACAUCUGCCAAAGAGGGGUCCUAAUAAAUAUUUACUGGUUUUUGUGGACAAAUUUUCAAAAUGGGUUGAAGCCUUCCCAUGCAGUAAGGAAGAUGCUAAUACAGUUGUUAGAUGUUUGACAAGAGAAAUCAUUCCAAGAUACGGUAUACCAUGUGCCAUAGACUCAGAUAAGGGAACCUCAUUUACUGCGAAAGUAAUACAAAAUCUAGCUAAAGAACUCCAAAUUAAUUGGCAGCUACAUAUUCCCUACCAUCCACAAUCAUCUGGUAUAAUAGAACGAACUAAUAGGACUAUUAAGGACAAAUUAAGAAAGGCUAUGCAACAUGCAGGGCACUCAAAUUGGCUCGCCUUGCUACCUCUCGUUUUGGCAGACAUGAGGAUGUUUCCUCACAAAAGUCUUCACGGUCUCUCUCCUUAUGAGACUGUGAUGGGACGACCCUUUCCCUCACCAUGGAGGCAAAGGGGUACCACACUGGGUGACGGUUCUCUGGAUAUUCAUAUGAGUGAAUGUGCACAACAGCUACUAACAACAUUGCAUGCAUACUGGACUAACAUACAUUCUGGUUCAGCCCCGAUGACGGUAGACCCAACACACCCCUUUAAGGCCGGUGACAGAGUAAUGAUUAGACAGCUCAAUAAAAUGAGCACAGAACUGGGGGACCCCAAAUAUGGCCCCCCGACGGAUGUCGUGGCUGUAACCAGAACCGCCGUUUUAACCUCCUCUUCUCCACAGUGGAUCCAUGCAACCAGGAUAAAACGAGCACCUAUUGAAUAAUAAAAAUGUAUAAGUUUUGUACUAUGAUAAUCUGUCUGCAGACUCUCUUUGUUUUACAGAUUUUGGGGGCCCCCUCAGCACAGACGACACCUCUACAGCUGCAAUUCACCUCUACAGCUGCACAAUUGCGUUUGGGAGACAGAUGGGAGCUAAACACGUAGCACUGUAGCACUGUCUACCUUAAGGCAAGGGUCAGCAUGACUUCCUUUUUGCUGCGGACAAUUGGACUGUUUCUCUUUCUUGUGACUCAAGCUAAUGCUGGACACAUGAUCAUGAAUUCGGAUGGGCAGAGGAUGGGGCUGACAAUCCUAUUGGAACUAAUAUGUGGUAUCAAUAUGUGAAAGUUUUAACGCGUUCUUAUAAUGUAUCUGGAUGUUAUGUAUGUUCUGUUAUGCCUCAUUCAGCCAAACAAACCCCUCUUUAUGCCAAACCCAUGAAUAAGACCUCUGCUAAAUGUUCUGCCAGUUUUGCAGGAUCAGGGUACCAGAAUCCAUAUAUAAUUGUCGAUGACUACGAUCCAUACCGGAUUGGCAUUAGAAAUGGUACAUGUGAUGCUCUAUUUUGGGUAAAAUUUGGCCACGCUAAACCCUCACCUAUUAGCCACAAGGUUUUUUAUUAACCACUCUAUUACACACCCUGUGUGUUAUAACCAGACCAUGGGCUCUCAUUUCAUGGGAAGCACUGUUAACUGUCAACAAAUUGCCUCCUCGGGAGAGGGGGCCCCAGUCGACAUCUCAGGACCCUCAAACGGCACUUAUGUGGUCCAGGGUGGGUGGUGGUUGUGUGGGAAAAACGCCUACAUGUCCCUACCGGCCAACUGGACGGGGCAGUGUGCCCCUGUGCAUGUGACUGAUCAUACUUUUAUUGUGACAGCCCAGGUCCUGUCAGCGCAGCGAAGAGUUAAACGCAGUGUCCCUGAAAUGAAGCCCCAUGACUCUGUAUGGGGUACUGACGUGCCCGAGGAUUUUAAAUUAUGGACCACUGGUAACAAAGUGGUAUUGGCUCUAUUUCCGCAAAUAGGUGUGGGAAAAGCUCUACUAAGAAUUGAGACCCUGGACUAUCGCAUGGGCCUAUUCCUGAAUGCCUCAAAAAUAAUUAAUGAGGCCCAGAAUAAGGAGCUGGGUAAUAUACGUACCAUGGUUUUGCAAAAUAGAAUGGCUCUAGAUCUCUUAACAGCAUCCCAGGGGGAGGUAUGUAAAUGAGUACUGCUAUGUCUACUCUCCAAGGGUUAAAAACUGCCAUGACUUCAGAUUAUGUUCCCGACACAACUUGGGGUUGGAUGAUGGGUCUGUUCGGCUGGGUGACUCCUUUCCUUACUAUGAUAAUUCCUGUAUGUAUUAUUUUCCUUCUUAUUUGUUGCUGUGGCCCCUUUCUUUUACAAUGUUUGAUGAAUCGUGUUUAUGCUACCAUGGAUAGUAUGGUGGGCCAAAACUAUAAACUAAUGCGUUAGGCCUUCGGCCUAAAAGAGGGGACUGAGAGAACAUAUUGUCCUCUUUUUAGUGUGCUUGCAGCUACGUGCAGAAGUGCUUGUGGUUUUGUGUAUAUGUGUGUAUAUGUCAGAAAUAUGAGGCCAUGGUCUGGUUUCAGUCUUGCAGGUGUUAGAAAUAUGAGACCAUGGUCUGGUUUCAUUUCGCAGCUUCACCCACGCUGGAAAAUUCCACUAUGCUCAGAUAUGAAAUAUGCUGAUUCAUGUUAAGACAAAAUGCUGUAUGACUAGCCCAUAUUUGGAGUGCCUUUCUGCUAUCAGCCCCUGUGUAUAAAUAUCCCUGUCCAUCCUGUGUUGUCAGGCUUGCAGAAUAAACCAUUCUAACUACA